AUGGCGCCCCGCUGCUCCGUACUGGUCCUGGCCCUCGCCGCCGCGCUCUCCGUCGCAGUGGCUUACGACCCGUUGGACCCGAACGGGAACAUUACCAUCAAAUGGGACAUCAUGUCAUGGACGCCUGACGGCUAUGUCGCGGUGGUGACCAUCAACAACUUCCAGAUGUACCGGCAGAUCAUGGCGCCGGGGUGGACGGUGGGGUGGACGUGGGCGAAGCGGGAGGUGAUCUGGUCCAUGGUGGGCGCGCAGGCCACGGAGCAGGGCGACUGCUCCCGCUUCAAGGCCAACAUCCCGCACUGCUGCAAGCGCACCCCGACCAUCGUCGACCUGCUCCCCGGCGUGCCCUACAACCAGCAGAUCGCCAACUGCUGCCGCGGCGGCGUCAUCAGCGCCUACGGCCAGGACCCGGCCGCCGCCGUCUCCGCGUUCCAGGUCAGCGUCGGCCAGGCCGGCACCACCAACCGCACCGUCAAGGUGCCCAAGAACUUCACGCUGCAUGGGCCAGGGCCAGGGUACACCUGCGGCCCCGCCAAGAUCGUCCCUUCCACCGUCUUCCUCACGCCCGACCGCCGGCGCAAGACACAAGCCCUCAUGACAUGGAACGUGACGUGCACCUACUCGCAGCACCUGGCGUCCAAGUACCCGUCCUGCUGCGUCUCCUUCUCCUCCUUCUACAACGACACCAUCGUGCCCUGCGCCAAAUGCGCCUGUGGCUGCGAGCACAAGACCUGCGUCCAGGGCGACUCGAAGCGGCUGGCGGUGACGGGGAAGCACGAGCACGCGCACGCGGCGGCGGCCCGCGGGCACAGGGACAAGGAGGCGCCGCUGCUGCAGUGCACGACGCACAUGUGCCCCGUUCGCGUGCACUGGCACGUCAAGCUCAACUACAAGGAGUACUGGCGCGCCAAGAUCGCCAUCACCAACUUCAACUACCACAUGAACUACACGCAGUGGACGCUCGUCGCGCAGCACCCCAACCUCGACAACAUCACCGAGGUCUUCAGCUUCGACUACAAGCCUGUCGUCGCCUACGGAUCCAUCAAUGACACGGCGAUGUUCUACGGGCUCAAGUACUUCAACGACCACCUGAUGCAGGCGGGGCCGUACGGGAACGUGCAGUCGGAGGUGCUGAUGCGCAAGGACGCUAGCACCUUCACCUUCAGGCAGGGCUGGGCGUUCCCGCGCAAGGUUUACUUCAACGGCGACGAGUGCCAGAUGCCGCCGCCGGACGCCUACCCCUACUUGCCCAACUCAGCCCUGCCGGCAGCCGCGGCGUCGUCGCUGGGCGCUGCGGUAGCGGCCGUCGUGGUGCUCUUGGUGAUGAUCGUGGCAUGA